AUGAGUGAUUCAUCAAGUGAUUCAGAAGUUGCGGUGGAAAUGGAGGAGAACAGAUCGCAAAGCCACGAGGACUUCCAGGAUGAUCAGCCCAUGGGAGCCAUGAGAGCGGAACAGUCUGAAAUGGGUAGAACCCUCCUCCAACUGGUUCUGGACAAGAACCAAAAACACGAGAACUUGGCCUGUUUGUGGGUGAACGAGUACAUGCUAGACUCCACUGCUGCUCUGGUUUCCUUCUUCCAGUUCGUGGUGGAGGCCAGCGGGAGCCACUACACAAUUCCCAAGGAUACGCACAUGCCCUUCGCCUACAGAGACCUGGUCAUAGCUGCCACGGUUCAGUUUCGCAAUGUCAGCUUGUACUAUCCCAUGAUUAGGAAGACUGCGGCAUCCUUUGUCAAAUAUGUAGGGGGCUUUGGGCAGAGUCUUCUGAAGGCAGCCGAUGGUACCCCUAUAUUCUUCGAUAACAUCUUCCUCAAAGAAAUCACGGGCUUUGUGAUGACCUGUUCGGAGUCUAAAGUGCGCCCCUUCCGACAUACUGGAACUAUGAUAGGUCUUAAGAUGAUGACCACCCUUCAGGAGCUCUCCACUUUAAACAGCGGCCUGCUGCAAAAUCUGUGGCUAUCCAUGUUCCAGGUCAUAUUCGUGAACCGUUGCAUCGACGUGGUGGACGACAUCCGCCUGCUCUGCCUAUCCGAGUUGGGCUUGUGGCUGGAAAAGUAUCCGGACAGCUUCUUGCGGCCAGAUCACGCUCGAUACCUAUUCGAGGGCCUCCAGGACACCUCGAGCAAGGUGCGGGAGAGCUGCCUGCAGAACAUCUUGAAGCUGAGCCGCAACGAGAUCCUCCGUCCCGUUUGUCUGGAACAGGGCAAGAAGCUCAAGCGGCUUCUGAUGAAUAUUUGCGUUCAGCCGGAGAACGAACUGUGUGAGUUGGCCCUCAACAUCCUGACCGACUUCUGUGGCUCUUCGUCGGGGUUUCUGGAGGAGGAGGAGUGCCGGUUGCUGGAGCAGCUGAUGUUUGCCGCCAAUCGAGGCCUGGCCCAGGCGGCAGCUUCGUUUUCCAACCAACGACGCAAAGGGGCAACAGAUUCUGAAAAUCUGCGAUCUCUUUUGGAAUUUUUCAACGAAAACGGACAGUACGAGCACACGGCCUAUUUGGUAGAUGCCCUAUUUGGAACCUGCGACCUCAUAGUGGACUGGAGGCUGAUGGUCCAAAUGCUUCUCGAAGAGCAGCGCCCACAACUAUCCAAGAAGGAGAGCUCUACUCUGAUAGAGAUUCUGUACCGUGGCGUCAAACAGGCCAUUACGGGGGAGAUUCCUCCGGGAAGGUACACCAAAAACUUGGUAAGGAGACCCACUGCCGGCUCCGUUGGGCUGGCCACUGAAAUCCUGGCGCCCGUGUUGUCCAAGCUCAUUGAAAAGUACAGUACCGACUCCGAGAAUGUGAAGAAUCUCCUUGAGCUGCCACAGAUGCUGGAUCUUCGGAGCUGGAGUAAAUACCAAGUAGUGCAACUGUUGGAGCAGAUAAAGGAAAUAUUGUUUACGACGACCGGUAACCCGGUGCUCCGGAUGGGAGCUCGAACAUUGGUGCAUCUGAGCCUGGUGGAGGCCUCGAUAAUCAGCGAAAUACUCAGCAACGCGGUGACCAACUACAAGAUUGCCUUCCGCACUUGGCAAGAGUCCUACGGCGCCCUCUACGGCUCUUCAGGGUCCUCCUCAUCUACCUCUUCCUCCGUUAAAUCCCAGAAGGUACGCCAGAGCCGCCUGCUGGAAACCUUGCGCCUUGUUUCCGCUCUCUACGGGCAGUUUGACCUGAGUGGCUAUCACCUGACAGAGUCCGUAUUAGCCAGCCUGAAACGGGUGGUCCGGGAGAGCGACGGAUCGCAGAGAGACGCCCUUCCCCUCGAGGGCCGGUCUCUCUACAUGGAGGUGUGCUACUUCAGCCUCAGCUGGGACUUGAAGAGGGCUCGGAAGCACGAGGAUGACGAACUGUACUUGGUGGAGCUGUGCGCGGCCCUCAAGAAGCACUUUGAGGAUUUUCUCUUCGUGACCAGGGAUUUGAUUAGGGACAUGCGAAAUGUUUUCUUGGCAUAUGAGAGCUAUAACUAUCUCUGCGACCUCUUUGUUCUCUUUGGGGAACAACUGGUUCUGAGUCCAAGCCCGAGCGUUAACGGCCUCACCUACAAGCCCACGAUUGAGGACAUAAGGCUGGUGGAAACCUUUAUGAUGGCCUACAUCUUCCGCGACAAUCCCUCGGAAAUAGUGAAGGAGUGUAACUUCGAUGAACUGCAGAAGAAGCGACGGGUCCUGAGCGGCUACUGCAAGCUGGUGGCCUUCAACGUGGUGCCCAGCAUGCGGGCAUCCGUAGUGUUCCAGCACUACGACAAGUUUUUCGAACCUUUCGGGGACAUAAUGCGAGCUGCCAUGGAGCGGGCCGUGGACAUCAAUUGCGUCAACUAUGGGAUGACUGUGCUCCACAGUUUGCUGCUAUACUACAGGAGGAUAAUGGCCAACUACAAAGAUGACCCGGAGCGAGUGGUCGAUUCGGACGAGUUCACCCAUCUGCUCAGCUUGGCCCGGAGACUGGCCGAGACCUUCAAUCCCAGUCUAGUGGAGAACCGUCGCGGAGUCCUGACCCUCCAUCGUGCAGGGAUUAUGUUUGUUCUCGAAUCGGUUCCCAGUGACCCGACGUCUGCCCCGAAGAAUCUGAUCUUCCUCAGAGUUAUCCAGGAGUUUGUGCCGCAGAUCCUGGUCCAGGACAAGCAGAAUAUCCGAGAAUUUCUGGACGGAAUCGAAGAGCCUUCGCUGCCGUCCUGCCGCAGGGAGAUGUGGCAGCCCUUGGAAGAAUAUCGCUCAGCCUUGAACCAAAAAGUCAGAGCUCGCAAAUCGGAUGCCAUGGAGAUCUAAAAAGCGAA